AUGCGCUGCACCCGCCCUGCCCGAGAGCACCCCGGGGAGUGCCCCCGGGCAGAGCCGUGCUGGGACCCGCGGCGCCGGCGCGGGAGCCAGUGCCUGGAUGACAGUGUCUGCGGACGAGAGGAGAAGUGCUGUGACACCGGCUGCGGCUGGGAGUGCGUGGCCGUGCCCAGAGACAGUGGGGACAGAGCUGAUGGCCGGUGUGUAGAGGAGUGCCAGGCUGAUUCACAGUGUCCCCGGGGACAGCGGUGCACCAGCAUCGGCUGUGGCCAUGUCUGCAUGGACAUCCCCGGAGGCAGAGUGGGAGUGUGCCCCAUCCCCAGGGAGGGGGGCACGUGCUUGGACCUGUGCAACUUCGACGAGGAGUGUCCCUGGGGCCACAAGUGCUGCAGUAAUGGCUGUGGCCACGUCUGCACGCCAGCCUCGCUGCCAGAGCGCGACACCGUGGCUGUGCCCUGGCACGGUGCUGAGCGGUGCUCGGAGGAGUGCGAGGCCGACUCGCAGUGUCCCUGGGGACAGAGGUGCACCCGCACCUCCUGCGGCCGUGUCUGCGUGGACACUCCUGGAGGUGAGGCACAGGAGACCCAGGUGUUGCCCCAGGAGACAUGGGGUGUCCCAGCUGGGUGGCCCGCAGCAGGGUGCUCUGCCCUGCAGGCAGAGGUGGAGCGUGCCCCAUGCCUGGGGGCGGUGGGACCUGCCUGGACCGGUGCAGCCUCGAUGAGGAGUGUGCCUGGGGCCAUAAGUGCUGCAGCAACGGCUGCGGCCACGUCUGCACGCGGAUGCCUGGUGAUAAGGAGGCCUAUGGCCACUGUGAUGGGGCCAGUGCCUGGACUAACACCAGGUCAUGCAGGGUGCCAGCUGACCUGUAUGAAGGGCACAGCCUUCAGCAUGCUCCCAGCUCAGCAUCACUGUGAGGCCAGUUCCCGCUGCUACCCCAUUGCUCUGCUCCCAGCAGAUGCAUUUGCAGGGCGAGGGGAUCUGAAGUGA